AUGUGCGUCUCCGCCGCUGCUGUUGUUGCUGUUCUUGAAAUUGAUGAUGUUGUUGUUGCCGCUGCCGCUUUCCCUGUGAAGAUGAGGCAAGACUGGUCAAGGAUUUCCAAUCCAACACAUCCACUCUCCAGAUUGAUGAAAGUGAUCAACUGGCAAUAUUUGAGUCGCUUUGCGCUGAGGAUUUCUCUCAUUGACGAAAAGGACUCUUUGGUAAAGGCCAUUGACCAAUAUUCAACGCAAAGGCUACAAGCUCUUGGGGGACGUUUAAGCCAGAUCAACAUUACAUUCGACGAACUGCGAGAUGUAGCCAGCAGUACCGCCUUGAAAUCGGAUGGCAUGUUUCUCUACGCUCGCUUGGUCCUCGACUUCAUCGCCUUUAACAUCUUCUACUCCCUCGAGGAAGUAAAAGGGCCCAUCGCCAGCCUCCCGAAAGGACUAUCCGAUCUGUGGAAGCACCGAGUAACAGGUGGCUGCGGAUCCAAACUCCGCGAUUAUGCUUACCUGCCUCGUUUUCAUACAUUCGUCUGUGAAAGACCUAUACGGGAGCUAAGCUUUGCUGUUGAUCGCUUCAACGCCAAGACAGCCUGCCUUAGCAAAGGUCUUGAAGUUUUUGGUCAACAUAGUCAAGUUAAUAAGUCCGAAAGUACAUUACGACCAGUCUUGCGCCUUAUCCUCGUCUCCUAUCCGGCGUACUGGGAGCCCUUGGCACUAGCUCAGACAAGAAGAAUGACGCUCAAAAUCAAGAAUUGCACCAAGGAUCGCUCGCAAGACUUUUGCAGCAUGACCAGAUAG